AUGCAACGUCAAUCAUGUGGUUUCAAUUGGAACCACGAUGGAAGUGGAAAAGGGACCGACCUUUGGUUGGUGUUGAUGUUGAAUACCUACCUACUACUCGAGGCUACCUUCCCAAUGAGCAAUGCUCUAUUUCGAGUGUGGGCUGAUUCUCACAUGGGCAAUUUACAUCUUCUUGCUAUGAAAUGGGAAUCAAAUUUGCCGGAAAUGCCUCUGAAUACCGAUCGUAAUUAUCCACGACUUUCUUGUUCGGUGUUCUGGACAGGAGGAUUCUUCUCGGUGUUCUGGACAGGAGAAUCUCUCAACCAUAAGAAUCCUCUUUACUCCCAACGUUUCAAGGAUUUACACAUCAUAGGUGCAGAAUUCAUCACAAUGGCACAGAAUCUCAGCAGCGUCUUGAGGUCUCAAGAGAUGGAAGUUACUGGAGACUCCAAUGACAUGACCGAGUCUGCUCACGACGGACUCAUUAUCAUUGCAUUGGGCCUUGAUAAAAAUGCAAUUGCGUGGGGAAUGCAUCAGCCAUGGAAAAUCUUAGGAUUGUAA